UAUUAUCGUUCAUCCGUCACAACGACCCAACCGCGAAAAAAUGGCUGCUCUGCUGCAACUAGCAUCAAAACAAGUCUGCGGAUCAAAUCGAACUUUUCUGGAGAAUCUUCGUAAAUCUUUCGCAAAUCCAGCCGUGUGUGCCGCAGGAACCUGUCAGCUUUCAAGUCGGAACUUUUUCUCACGAUCGAAAGCCCACCAUCAGCAUGAUUUGUCAUCAGAAAGAAGUGGACCACACCGCGCAGCUACCGGUUUACCAUGGCUGCAUGGAAGCGUUCGGACCAAAGCGACUAAUGCGUCGCAACCUCCGUCGACGGCUUUAGGAUCGAAUGUGCUCGGCGGCAUUUUCCAGCGGAAGAAGAAAAAAGGUUUCCAUAGUCGUUGUUCCCAUUUGGCGGUACCGCUAGCGACGACGUUGCACACCUGUGCAGCGGCGAGUGGGUGCCACCGUGCUAGUAGUAGCUACGGUCCAUUUCCAAACAGGGCUCCAGCCUUUCCUCUCCCGCCGCGGCAGCAACAGCAACAACUACAACACGAAGCUCAAGAACGGUGGUCAGGGAAGAAGUUGUUCGCAGAUAGCAAUAGCACUCCUCAAACAGAACCAAUACGAACUUGUUUCCAUCUAGGGCACCAUCCGGCCUCCGGCGAGAGCAUCGGUUCGUAUGAGGGUCCGGAAAUCACCGCAGUCGACAUGAUCAAAGCGAUGGGAACCUACAUCUGGCCCAAGGACGACGCCCUGGUGCGAAAGAGAGUGCUGAUAUCGCUGAGCUUGCUGGGUGGAGCCAAGGUGUUGAAUGUCUGUGUGCCUUUUCUGUUCAAGAUGGGCGUGGACAACUUGAGUACCCUCAGCAUGGACACCGUUCCGGAAGCGGCUGCCUCGAUGACGAUUGCCGUUCUGUUGGGAUAUGGCAUAGCCCGGGCUGGUGCAGCCGGUUUCAACGAGCUUCGCAAUGCUGUGUUUGCCAGAGUGGCUCAACACUCCAUUAGGAAAAUUGCCACCAACGUGUUUCUCCACUUGCAUAAUCUGGAUUUGCAGUUUCAUUUGAGCAAGCAGACCGGUGCCCUGUCCAAGACAAUUGAUCGCGGAUCCCGGGGCAUCAACUUCGUCCUCACCGCCAUGGUGUUCAACAUAGUUCCUACCGUCUUCGAGCUGGCGUUGGUAUCCAGUAUCCUAGGCGUGAAGUGCGGUGCGGCGUACGCAGCUCUAUCCAUGGGAUGCGUUGGAGUGUACAGCGCAUAUACCCUGGCAGUGACACAGUGGCGCACGAAAUUUCGAGUCUACAUGAACCAAGCGGAAAACGAAGCGGGUAACAAGGCUGUUGAUUCGCUGAUUAACUACGAAACAGUCAAGUAUUUCAACAACGAACGAUAUGAAGCACAGCGUUACGAUGAUGUGCUGAAGAAGUAUGAGGCAGCUAGUUUGAAGACCAGCACCAGUUUGGCUCUGCUGAAUUUCGGUCAAAAUGCGAUCUUCAGUGUAGCUCUGAGUACGAUCAUGGUGAUGGCAGCCAAUGAAAUCGUGAAAGGCAACAUGACCGUGGGUGAUCUGGUUAUGGUCAAUGGGUUGCUGUUUCAGCUAUCGAUUCCGCUGGGCUUUCUUGGCAGUGUGUACAGAGAAGUACGGCAAGCCUUGCUGGACAUGAGGACCAUGUUCACCUUGAUGGGCGUUGAAAGUGCUAUUCAAACGAAGACAAACGCUCCCCCAUUGCAGGUUUGUCGCGAAACUGCUUCGAUUGAGUUCAAGGACGUUUGCUUCAAGUACAAGCACAGUAAUGCCAUUUUCGAUAAUCUGAGCUUCACGAUCCCUGCUGGUAAGAAGGUAGCUAUUGUCGGAGGAUCAGGAUCGGGAAAAUCUUCCAUGGUGCGUUUGUUGUAUCGAUUCUUCGAGCCAACUUCCGGUCAGAUAUUGAUCAACGGCCAAGACAUCCGGGACGUUGACUUGGAUAGUCUGAGGAAGGCGAUUGCCAUCGUGCCGCAGGAUUCGGUUCUAUUCCACGACUCCAUCCGGCACAACAUCCACUACGGGGACCUGUCCAAGGAUCAAGCACACGUUGAAGAGGCUGCCAGGAUGGCGGAUUUACACGAGUCCAUUCAACGGUGGCCCAAACAGUACGAUACCCAGGUCGGAGAGCGAGGCCUCAAACUAUCAGGAGGAGAAAAGCAACGGGUGGCCAUCGCUAGGGCCAUCCUGAAAAACUCGCCAAUUCUUAUAUUUGACGAAGCCACCAGCAGUCUGGAUUCCAUUACGGAGCAUAACAUUUUGAAGGCGCUGGGUCGCGCCACGGAACACAGAACCAGCAUUUGCAUCGCCCAUCGAUUGUCAACGGUUAUGGAUGCGGACGAAAUCUUAGUGCUGGAGAAUGGCCGCAUCUGCCAGCGAGGAACACAUGAUCAACUGCUCCACAGUGGAGGAUUGUAUACCAAGCUGUGGGAUACACAAAACAGGUUGUAUAUGAGCAGCGAAACGGUUGGCAAGAAAAAUGUCGGAGAGAAAAACGAGAGCUAAGCUCGGUCCCAAGGAAACGUUUAGUGUUUAAAAUUAAAAGCUUUAUAGGAAUGAUUAUAUGAAAAUAUGAACCACUAUUGUGUAAAUAUCUUAUAGAAUGUUUUAUGUUAUAAUGCCAACGAUGCUGAGUAAAUAAAUAUGUUAAAAAAACA